AUGGCCAAACCUGUGGAGAGAGGCCAGCGAGCCUCAGCUGGUCCAUCACACUCUGACCAGAGACCACAGUUUUCCCAGCCUCCCCGGCCUGGGACUCCCUUCAGUGGACCCCGUCCUGGGUCCCCCUUCUGGGUCCCCCAAUGGGAUGAUGACAUCCUAUCCCAAUGGGGGAAGCAUUUGCCUCAUAGGCCUGGGACCUCUUUCAGAGGUCGCCGGCCUGGGACCCCCUUCAGUGUCCCCCAAGGGAUUGAUGACAGCGCACCCCAAUGGGAGACAUACUUGACCAGCACCAAAUUCCCGAGGGACUUUUCACCUCCAGGGGUGCUUCGACUGGCUAGGCACAAGUUCAGGUGCCAAAAGCCUUAUGAGGACAAAACAUUCAAAAUCCCCAACACUGGUACUGCAGAUAUACUGCGGAAUCUUAGAGCUCUUAUAAAGACUAUAUCCAGUAAGAAGACCCUGGACCCUUUAAAAGAGCUGAAAGAGAUCAAGGAAGGACAAGUUCCACUUCCUCCAGGGGUUCCUGACUGCAGGAGUAACCCACUGAGCAGGGAACCCAGACCAUCUGCCUUACCUCCUGCCACCAGAAAAAGAGUGGCCUCAACUUCUGUGCACAGACCUGGGAAGGUGCAAAGAAGGCUGGAUAUGUCUACUGUGUUUGAAGAACCUAUGGACUUCGACCAUUCGGGCACCAGAGUAUCUGCAACAUCUCCAAGACACUGUGCUGGAGAUGCCAGUGAAAAGGUCAACGAGGAUGACACAGUGCCUGGGCCGUCUUCUGCUGACUCUUCCACUGACCGACGUGGACUGGUAAUUUCCCCACAAUUUCAAGGUUCUCUGGAACCUUCCUCCCCUACCCAAGGAGCUCUGGGAUACUCCACUUCUUCCCAAGAUGCUCAGGGACUAUCCCUAUCCACCGGAGAGAGUCUGGGAGGAACCCAAAGUGAUCAAGGGUCUAUGGGGCAGUCCAUAUCUUCCCAGGCAUCCCAGAAACCUCCCCCUUUUGCUGAAAGGAAAAUCAAACAUGUCUCCUUUUCCAGAAGGGUUUUCAAAAGUCCACCCUCUAGCCGAGGGGUCACCAAUCAUUCCAAUUCUCCACCAAAGAGUUUUAGACAAGCCCCUUCUGAUCAAGGGGGCCUACACAAGGCCCCGUUAGACAAAGAGAACUCCAAAUGUUUUUCUCCAAAAGGGGUGGUCAGUGAUCUCUCAUUUUCCCAAAAUGGAAUGUGUCUUACCCCAUCUCCCCAGAGCAGUUUGACACCUUUGACAUCUACCAAAGAUGACAGGAGAGUUAUACCCUCUCAUGAAGAGAGCCAAGCCUGUUUUCCCUCUCCCCAGAACGACCCUAAGCAAUCAGUAUCUGCUGAAGUGAGCUUGAGUUCUGCCUCCUCUGACCAAGGGAAUUUUAAAACUUCCCCAUUAAAUCAAGAGGGCUUUAAAUGUCCUACACCAGAAAAUGGGCUCAGAUCUUCCCUUACAGCACAGGGGGGACCAAACCCUAUCACUACUCCCCAAGUGAGCCUCAUACCACUCAUGCCUACCCAAGCAGAAACAAAACUAUCUACAUCUACAUCAUAUAUUCCAGACAAUUUGCCAUCUUCAGAAGGGGCCCUAGAGAGUUCUACAUAUCUACAAGAAAGUCUAGGAACUCCCAAGUCUAUCCAAGGGACCCUUGUGCCUUCUCAACAUACACAAAGGUCUCUAGCACCUGCAUCAACUUCCCUAGGGGUUCUGAGUCCUUCCAUAUCUGUCAAGAGGACUCCAAAAUUGUCUACAUCUAGAGAAGUGGGUCAAAGACCUAUUUUCUCUCACAAAAGGAAAUUCAACCCUAAUCAAGAUAUGAAAAUGGGCAAUGGAUAUUCCCACUGUAGCAAAAAGAGAAGGACAAAUCCUCCUUCUGAGCAAGGUGGAUUUCCAGUGUCCCUAUCAGAUGAAAAGGGCUCUAAAUAUACCCUGCCAAUCAAAAAGGCCCUUCUGAUUCGUCAUUGGAAAGAAAAUAGCCUAAGAUAUGCCAAGAGAGUUCAAGUGAGCCAUGCAUGCUCCACAACAACCCAGGGCGUCAAGACAAUACAGCCUUCCCUUCUUCCUCAGGAGUCUCUAGAACAUUCCACAUGUGUAAGAGAGGCUCUUGAUAUUUCUACAUAUACACCAGAAUUACCAGGUCAUUUACAACCUGUCCAGCACUUUUUGGGUUCUACCAUAUGUGAUAAAGGGACUGUGGGAAAGGAUACAUCUGCAGAACGGGUUCCAGACUCAUCCCCAUCCUUAGAAAUGGCUCUUGGAUGUGACACAUGUACACAAGAAUUUGUAGCAAAUUUCACAUUGAGAGAAGGGGAUUCUUCAGAUUCUACAUGCCCACAAACACCCACAGGACCUCUCCACUCCUCACAGGAGGCUGUGCAAAUUUCUCCAUCUCCUCAAGGGUAUCAGCAAUCUCUCCUGACUACACAAGAGGCUAUAGGCCAUUCCCCAUCUGCACAAAGGGAUGUUAGUCUUUCCACAUGCCCACAAGUGACUCCAGAACAUCCAACAAAUACCCCAAAGGUUCUGAAUUCUACCUUAUCUUCCCAAGGGCCCUUGGAUCCUGUUUUGUCCAUCCAACUGUCUCUGGAUCCUAACAUAUCUAUACAAAAGGCUUCAUUAUCUUCUACACCUGAAGAAAGUGUUCCUAAAACUUCCACAUUUAAACAAGGAACUCCAGUAACUUUCUUAGCUGCCCAUGAGGAUUUUAGACUCACUACAUAUGCACAGGAAACAUUAGGGGAUACCACACCUACACAGGCUCUAGGAACUUCCCCUCAUUCUGAAGCUGUAGUAAAAAAACACACAUGUACACCUGACACAGUAGCACCUUCCCCUUCUGAGCAAGAGGCCCAAGGAUCUAUCAUAUCUCAUGACGGUAUUUUACCAUCUUCCUCAUCUACACAAGAGAGUUUCAUGCAGACCCCUUCUCAGGAGGGAAAUAUUAAACAUGUUCCCUCUGCCCAAGUGUACCCUGGACAUUCCAUUUCUACCAAAAAGAGGUUGAGAGAUGAUCCUUCUGAUGAAUGGGACUUCGGAACUUCCUCAUUUGAGGAAGGCAGUUUCAUACGCCUCCCCUCCUCAAAAAGGGUAUGUGCAUCUUCUACUGCUUCAAAAGGAACAUCGAUCACUACAAGUACUACUCAGGUAAGUCCUAUGCCUUCUAUAUCUGUACAAAAGGCCCCACAAUAUUCCACAUCUGAACAAAAGUCUGUGGAACCUUGCCAUUCUAACCAAGGGACUCGUGAACAUUCAAUAUCUUCCAAAGAGUCUCAAGGGCCUUCUCUGUCUGUCCCAGGGGGUCUAUGUCAUUUACCAUCUGUCCUGGGCCUUCAGGGACAUUCUCCAUCCCUGUCAAAGGCUCCAGAAAAUUCUUCCUAUACCCAAGGGGAUCUGUCAGUUUCUAAAUCUGACUUGGGAGUCUUGAAACCUUCCUUAUCUGCCAAAGAGUCUAUUGGAGAGGCCAAAUGUAAACAAAAAUAUCUUGAGCCUUUGCCAUUAGUACAAGAGGACCUGACAUCUCCUAUGUUCUCCAAACUAUCUAAAGAUCCUUAUGCCUCCUACUGCCUUCUUGCUGCAGAACACUUUCCAUCUUCCCCAGGGUCUCCAAUACCAUUAACAUCUAAGCAGUGGUAUCGAGGAACUACACCAUCUUGCCUAGGGUUUCUUGAACAUUCUCCAUCUGCUCCUGGAGACCUGUGUUGUUUCCAGGCUGCCCAGGGAGCAAAAGAACUUUUGUCAUCUGCCCAAGGGCCUCAGGAAAAAUUUCCAUCUUCAUUAAGUUAUUCAGGACAUUUGCACAACCUCCCAGGAGAUCAGGAAGAUUCUUCACUAGAACAAGGGAUUUUAGAACAUGUCCCUCCUGCUCAGGGCUCUCUGGAAACUUCAUGCUCACCUGGGGUGUCUUUGAAAAGGCCCUUGUUGUCCCUAGAACGGCCUCUGGAUCUUUCCAUACUUACUCAGGGGAGUGCUGGCACUUCCAAAUCUGCACAAGGCUUGCAAAGAUUUCUACCAUCUACACAUGAAUAUCUGGAAAAUCCCCCUUCAGCCCUUGAGCCACUUGAGCACUUACCAGUGGCUCCAAAGGCUCAGAGACUUUCAACUCUGUCUCAGGAAACCCCUUCCCCAUUGUUGCCUGUUCAUGGAAUUCUAGAAUUACCUCAAUAUGGUUCAGUGGCCCUACCAUCAAUGCCAUCUGUACAAGGGCUUCAGGUAAGUCUCUCACCUUCAGAAGGUAGCAUAAGCCCUGUGCUCUCAGUCCAUGGUUCUGUGGGACAUUCCCUAUCUGCACAAGAGCCUAUAGAAAUUUACAAGUCCACAAAAGCAACUACAGGGCAUUCUCUUUCUUCUAUAGAUGAUAUGUCACCUUUCAUAUCUUCCCAGGGGACCCUGGGUCCAUUGUUCUCUGUGGAAGUGGAGGUGGAGACAUAUUCACACAGCACAGGAUCUCCAGAACAAUUGAAAAAUAUCUCAGGGUUUCCAGGAUCUAUGAUAUUUGAUCAUGAUCCUGUUUUCACUUUCUUACCUGUACAAGGGACUCUCAGACAUUUGCCAUCUGCUCAAGAGGAUGUGGGACUUUCCCUGUCUGCCCAACAAGCUCCAGAACUGUCCACAUUGGAACAAGGGUCCAUCCAACAUGUGGAAGCAGCAGAGGUGGCUCUGGUGAACCCAUCAUAUUCCAAAGGGGCUACCGGAAAAUUUCAGUGUGCCCAAUAUGCUUUAGAACAUUUGCCACCUAAUGUAGGAGUUCUUCAACAUUCCUCAACCAUCCAGGGGACUCAAGAAAGUUUGAAAUUUCCCCAAGAGUCUCUUGAUAUUUUGUCAUCUAACUCUGAACAUCUCAAAAAUUCUAUUUCUGCCACAGGUGAUCUAGAAUCCUCUCUAUCUGGUUCAAGGAUUCUUGGACAUAUGCUAGUUGACAAACAGCCUGAACAACUUUCUAUAUAUGCACAGGGGUCUCUGGGUAAUUCACUGUCUACCCAAGAGGCUCAAGAUCACUUAUCAUCUUUAAUAGGGAAUUUGAAAUCUUGCCAAUCUGCCAAGGAGGGACAAAAAACUUUGAUACCUUCACAAAUUGUUCUGGAAAGUGCUCCAAGUAUUUCAGAGGAUUUAGUAGCUUUAUCGUCUGCUCUGGAACAUAUGGGACUUUCCUCAUUAGCAAAUGAGUCACUAGAGAACUCCCAAUAUGCGGAAAGUGUUGGGGAAUCUUCUUCUGCCACUGGAGCUCUAAGAACUACGUUUGCCCAAAAGUCUUUGGAAAAUUCUUUACCUGGAAAAGGGAUUAGGGAAACAUUAUCAUCUUCCCAAGGGGCUUUGGAACUAUUAUCAUCCAAAAAAGGGAGAGUUGAAAAUGUAUCAUCUCCUGAAAGGUCAAUGAAACCUUUUACUUCCUUACAGGAGGCUUUGAGACCUUCUUCAUGGAUCCAAGGCCCUCACCAACAUCCACUAUCUGCCCAAUGGCCUCUAGAACUUCCCAAAACUGACUCUGGCAUUCAAGGACCUUUAUCAACUCCAGAGGCUGGAGGAAAUUUAUCAAGGGAACCAGGUUCUUGGAAAUCUUUCCCAUUGACCCCAGAAACUUUAGAUCAUUUGCAAUCUGCUGAAGGACCCAAUGAUAUGUCCAUAUCAGCACAUGAAAUGUUUGAUCCUUUACCAUCUGCUCAAGGGACUCUAGGACUUUUGGUAUAUUCUCCAGGGCUCAUGGAACCAUCAGAAUCAGAACGUAGGAAACUUGGGCAUGUGUCAUCUAUGGGAAAAGAUGGAGAAAUUUCUCCAUUUGAGAAACCAGCCAAGUCAGCUUCCCCAUUGACUCCAUAUUUAUCUUUCAACCCAGAGGAUUUGGAAUCUUCCUCAUGUGGUCUGGGAUCUCUGGAGUCUCUUUUAUCUGCCAGAGAAGAUGCAAAAGGUACUCCCUCUGCACCACAUGCACAGGAACCUUCUUCAUCUACUUCUCAGGUCCUAGAACAUUUUGUAACUACCGAAGGGCCUCUACAAAUUAAAACACCUAAUGAACAGACUCUGUGCCCUUUGCCAUCUAAAGUAGAGGAUGUAGAACAUUCCACUUUUUCUCUAGAGUUUCCAAAAGAAUCCCAAAUGCUCCAAAAUGUUCUUGACCAUCUGUCCAGUAGAGGAGAGUCUAAAGAAUUUUCUCUCUCUGCUCCAGGAACUAAAAACAUUUCCUUACUUGCUCCAGAGACUUUAGAACAUUAUUCCCUACAAAAUGCAACUCAAGCUACUUCCCCUUGUCCUCAAGAGGUUGUGGGAUCUUUGCUAUCUGAACAAGGGUCUUCGGGACGGUCUCCAUCUGAUCAUGGUUCUCUGGGACCAUUGGCAUCUACACUAGGAGCUGAGGGACUUUCCUUAUCUGAAGCAGAUUCUAUACAGUUAUCUGCAUCUGCACCAGUGACCAAAGCACAUUUGUCCUCUGCCCUUGGGCCUUCAGCAUCUCAAUAUAAUGACCAGAUGAGGGUGGGAGUUUUGCCAGCUCUCCAUGGAGAUCUUGAAGGUUCUCAGUCUGAUCAAAGGACUGUGGAAAUGACCAAGUUUGCAGAAGGAGAUCUAGAAAAUUUAUCAGUUGCUCAAAGAACUACAAAACUUUCAACUCAUUCCCAGGAGGCUAAUGAAUCUUCUCUAUCUGACCAAGGUCAUCUAUUACAUUCACCAUGUGUCAAAGAGGCUUUGAUACCUGCUCUGUCUGAUCAGGAAACUGAAGAAUCACUGUUAUCCCCCUCAGAAGAUACAGAACAUCCACCCUCUUCAGUUAGUGUUCAGAUGCAGGGACCUUCUCUAUCUACCCUAAGGCUUCAAAACAUCUCCUUACUUGAUAGAGAGCCUUUAGAACAUUCCUUCCUACAAAAUGCAACUCAAGCUACUUCCCCUUGUCCUCAAGAGGUUGUGGGAUCUUUGCUAUCUGAACAAGGGUCUUCGGGACGGUCUCCAUCUGAUCAUGGUUCUCUGGGACCAUUGGCAUCUACACUAGGAGCUGAGGGACUUUCCUUAUCUGAAGCAGAUUCUAUACAGUUAUCUGCAUCUGCACCAGUGACCAAAGCACAUUUGUCCUCUGCCCUUGGGCCUUCAGCAUCUCAAUAUAAUGACCAGAUGAGGGUGGGAGUUUUGCCAGCUCUCCAUGGAGAUCUUGAAGGUUCUCAGUCUGAUCAAAGGACUGUGGAAAUGACCAAGUUUGCAGAAGGAGAUCUAGAAAAUUUAUCAGUUGCUCAAAGAACUACAAAACUUUCAACUCAUUCCCAGGAGGCUAAUGAAUCUUCUCUAUCUGACCAAGGUCAUCUAUUACAUUCACCAUGUGUCAAAGAGGCUUUGAUACCUGCUCUGUCUGAUCAGGAAACUGAAGAAUCACUGUUAUCCCCCUCAGAAGAUACUGAAGAUCCACCAUUUUUAGUUAGUGCUCAGAUGCAGGAACCUUCUCUAUCUACCCUAGAGCCUCAAGACUCUUUGCUAACUACACCAAAGCCUCUGAAACUGUCCAUAUCUAUCUGUGACUCUCCGUGUCCUUUUCCAUCUUCCCAAGAGUCUGAGACUGUAGAGCUUUCCAUAUCAUCUCCAGCGUUCCUGGAACCAUCCCAGUCUGCACAAUGGGAACAAGGAUAUUUUUCAACUGAAGGACAGGGUAAAAAACAUUCUUCAACAGCCUCACAAACUACAAGAAAAUUGUUUUCACCCCAGGAGUGUGGAGGGCAUUUAUCUGCCCCAAGUGUUCAGGAACCCUUCCAAUCUGGCCCAGUGCAUCUAGCAACUUUGAUUGCUUCCCAAGGGCCUCAGAAACACUUUAAAUUGACUCAAGGGUUGUUGCAUCCUUCAACAUCUGCCCAAGAGGCUCAAGAACUUUCUGAAUCUUCCCAAGAUCUUGUGGGAACUCGUGAAUCCUCUGAGAGCAUGCAUGGAUAUGUUUUACCUGAAGUAGAGCCUGUAGAAACUUUUACAGCAGUUUCAGGGACUACAGUGACUUCACCAUCUGCUCCACACUCUUUGGAACUUUCUUCAUUACUACAUGUGACUUCAGCAACUUCUCUAACUGACCAAAAGGUAGUGGGACCUAGACCACCUUCACAAAGAACUCUAGAAGUGUUGUCAUUGGCACAAGGGACCCUAGAACCUUUGGCAUCUGCUAGAGAGAAUGGAAGAAAUUCUCAGUUAGAAAAAGAUACUGUGGAAAAGUCUUUUUCAGUACAGGGCAUUUUAGGAUCAUUGCCAUGUACAACAGGGGUUCUACGAUCUACAACAUAUCCCCAUAAACUACCAGAAAUAUUGCCAUAUACCCAAAAGGACUCCCUGUCUCCUAAAGGAUCUUUGGUACUGCCCACAUCUGCAAAUAGGCCUCCUGAGAAAUUGCAAUCUGAUCGUGAACUUACAAAACAUUCCAAUUCUUUUAAGGAAGCUUCUAGACAUUCUCUGUUGGUUCAAGGUCCUCGGCAAGAGUCACCAUCUGCUACAGAGAUUCUGAGACCAUCUUUUAACCAAGGAAUUAAAAAGCCUUUGUUGUCUUCCCCAGGUGCAAUGAAACCUUCAUCAUCUGCACCAGAUGCUAAUAAAUCUCUCCAAACUACUCUAAGGAAUCAACCAACUAGCCUAUCUAAUCAACAGCAUCAGGAAAAUUCUAUGUCUCUCCAAGGUACACUGGGUUUUUUCUCAUCCAGACCAGGGUCUGUAGAACAUUCAGCAUCUUCCCCAUUGAUUGUGGGUCCACCAGCAUCUUUCCAAAGUAAGCUAGGGCACUUGUUUUGCACAGAUACAUCACCAUCUUUCCAAGGGCCUACAGGGCCUUUGUCAUUUCCUUCUGGGAAUACAGGACAUUUACAACAUGGCACAAGAUCUCAUGAAUCUUCAUUAUCAGCAUCCAAAGAUCUAGCACAUGUUCUAUCUGACGAUUAUUACAUAUCUACUCAGGGAACUCUAGCUUCUUCACCAUAUAGCCAACAAUCACUACAACAGUCAGCAUCUUCCAAAGAAAAGUUGGGACCCUCCAAGUUUGACCAGUGCACACAUAGCCAUUUGUCUUCUGUCCCAGAUGAUUUGGAAAUGUCUCUAUUUGCCCCAGUGAUUACAGGCACAUUGCCACAAACCCCAGUGACUCCAGGACUUUCCUCACUAACACAAGCAAGUGCAGUUCCUUCCCCAUCUUUGAAAAAAGAUGAUGAAUUUUGCCUAUCUUCACAAGCAACUCUGGAAGUGAACACAUCAGGGCAGGAGACUCUGAAUCCUUCACCAACUACUCGAGUUCCUGAGAAAGCUUCUCUUUAUACAAAACCCAGUUUGCUAAAGCCCACACGGACACAGAGUACUGAAGGACAUACAGCUUCUAAGUCAGGGACUAAUCAAAGUACCCAGAAGGAACUAGGAUUUUCUCCACCUGCCCAAAUGCCGCUGACAAUUUCCUUAUCUACACAAGGAACUCUAGGAUCUUAUUCAUCUGACCAAGGGGCUCUGGGGACUUCCCUAUCUGUCCAAGGGUCUCUAAAACUAUCUACUCCCACAAAAAGAAUUGUAGAAACCAUGCCAUCUGUGCAAAGUACAUUGACACAUCCCACUUCUUCCCAAGUAGCUCCAGGAUUUUCUCCAUUGUCCAAACAUCCUGUCCAAGAUUCAGCAUCUUCCCCAAGGACUACAGGACUUUUUCAAUCUAGCCAGAAACCUCAAGGAUCUUGUUUGUCUUCACUAGAGCACAAAGAACAUUUGCCAUCUGCUCCAGGUGUUCAGGAAAAUCCUUUAUCUAAUCCAUGGACUCUAGGACCUUUGCUAUCUUCUAAAGUGCCUAAGGAACUCUCCACAGCUACAGAGGAAUCUUUGCCUGUCCUAAGUUCUUUGUCAUCUAUCCAAGAGUGUUCAAAACAGUCAGUAUAUUCUUCAAAGGUUUUGAGACAACACCAAUAUUCCCAGAAUACCUUGGGGCAUUGGUCAUGUGUGAGAGAGGGUGUGGAAACUUCUCAGACUGCUACAGGGACUAUAGAAGCUUUGCCACCACCUCUAGUGCCUAGAGGACAUUUAACUUCUAUCCAAGGAUCUGAAGAAUCUUUCCCUUCUGGCCAAGGGAAUAUAGAUCCUUACAAACUUUCCCAAGGACCUCUGAAACAUGUUAUGUUAUCCCAGGAAAUGCUGCAUUCAGCACAAUUUGCUGAAGGGAAUCUACAACUUUCUGCAUAUUCCAAAGCAGUUCCAGAGCCAUAUACAAAUUCCCCAUCUACCCAAGUGACUAGGGGAACAUUGCCAUCUGUACCAGGGCAUCUGGGUCUCCUGUCAUCAACACAAGAAACUCCACCAUCUUCUUGUUCUGAUGAAACAACUGUCGGAACUUGCCCAUCAUCACAAGGAACUCUGAAAAUAUCCAAAUCUGCACAAGGGACUUUAGCGCCUUCUUCUGAUUUCCAGGGAACUGGGGAGUUUCUCUUAUCUGCCAAAGGCACAAUGGGAAAUUUGACAUCGGUAAAACAGAGUGUAGGACCUUUUCCAUCAACGACAGAACCUCUGAAGUCUAUCCAAAAUACCCAGACACUAUUAGGAUCUUUGCAAUCUGGUCAGAGUUCUCUGGGAGUGUCUCAGGCUGCAGAAAGGUCUGUGGAUCCUUCUUUAUUUUCCCAAGGGUCUCUGGACUUAUCUGUGUCAGGACAAGGAACUCCAGUGACAUUGCUGUGUAAUCAAGGAACUAGGAAACAUCCUAAUUCAUCCCAAACCACUCAGAAAACUUCUCAGUCUGUGAAAACUUCUCUACAGCAUCCACCAUCUGUCCCAGGAUUUCUGAAUCCUUCCCAAUCUGAAAAGAGCACACUAGGAUCUUUGUCCUCUCCUCCAGGUACUGGAAUAUCUGUCCCUGGUUCACAGGAAAUACACCAACUUUCUGCGAGUUCAGGAUAUCCUGAACCUUUGCUAUAUUUUGGAUUGCCUCUGGAACUUUCCGUGUGUGCACAAGGAACUCUGUGUCCUUUUUCAUCUCCUCAAGGAGAACUUUAUACUUUACAUUGUUUCUCUGGUAAUCUAGAAUCAUCUAAACCUGCCCAAAUGAAUCUUAGCCAUUUGUCAUCUGUCAGAGAGCCUUUGGGAAGCUCUCCAUCUGUCCCAGGUCCUAGAGAGCCUUCACCAUUUAACAAAGUGCCUAGAGGACUUUCCUCACAUGUCCCAGGUGAUCCAGCAUCUCUAAGUUCUGCUCAUCUGCCUCUAGAACUUAAUGUAUCUGCUCAAUGUUCACUGAGUCCUUCGGCAUCUUCAAAAGGAACCCCAGGGUCCUUGUUAUCUUCUGCAGACAUCCAAGGAAAAGUCCAAAAUACAGAAAGUUAUCAUGGGCAAUUGUCACAUGUAAGAGAGACAUUGGAAACUUCUCCAUCUCAUGUAGGAAGUUCAGUAUACAAAAGAUGUCCUCAGGAAACUCUGGGACUUUACUCCUUAGGCCAGAGGAGUCAAGCAACUUCUCAAUGUACUCAAGGAGCUGUGGGUUCCUGUCUCUCUCCACAAGGUUCUAUGGGACUGCCCACAUCUGCACAAAGGAGUCUAGGACAUCCUCCACAUGCCCAAGGGCUCUCAGGCACUUCCUCACAUAUACAACAUGCAUGCUCACAGUCCACCUCUGCACAGAGCACAGCAGCAUAUUCAUCAUCUACCCCAGUGUCUCAGGGAUAUAGUCAGCAUGCCAAAAAGACAGUAGAAAUUUUGAAAUCUGCCCCAGGGCCUCCAAGAAUUUCUAUCACAGCACAAGCAUCUAUAGAACCUUUGCCAACUCACCAGGAGUCCCUAAGAUAUCCAUCAUCUAUACCAGGUGUAUGCAAAACUUCUACAGCUACCAGAGGGCAUGUGGUAUCUGAUGAUGGGCCUCUGGAACUUUCCGUAUCUGCCCAGGAAAACCUGAGUCCUUUUCAUUCUUCCCAGUGCCUUUUGAAACCUUCUCUGUCUGUAGAAGGGACUUUUGGUCUCUCUGCACCUAUGAAUGACACUCUAGGACCCUCUGUUUCUUCCCUGGGAAAUCUUGGAUCUUGGAAGUCUUCCCAAAGGGUUCAACAAACAGAUCCAUCUGCUUCAGACUCUUUAGGCUCUAUGCUUUCUUCAAAAGGGCAAACGGUCAUUUCUUUAUCUGGGCAAGGGACUAUAUCAUCUUUCCUAGAGCCAGUGGAAAUUUCCUUAUCUGUUCAAGUGAGUUCCAGACCUUCAUUAUCUUUACAAGAACCGGGGGGAUCUUGCCUUUAUCCACAUGGAAAAAAUACUCUGGAAGCUUCUACCUAUGCACAUGGCAAUCUAGUGUUAUCCAGUUCCUCAAGAGGGGAUUUGGGAUCUUCAUCAUCUACUCCAGUGACCCUAGGAUCUUCUCCACCUGCCAACGUGGAUUUAGGAAUGUCUCCAUCUGUUUCGUGGACUCUGAGACCUCCUGUUUCUGCCCAGCAUGUUCUAGGAACAUCUACAUCUGCCCAAAAGGUGAGGAAACCUUCAUUAAAUAGUCAGGGAAGAACAGAACCUUUGCCAUAUGCCCAAGAUGAUCUGGGCCUCAAGUCUCUUUCCCUGGGAACUGAGGGAAAUUCCCAAUUUUCAAAGGGGGAAUUAAAAGUCUUGCCAUCUCCCCAAGGAGGUUUUAAACCUGCUCUGUCUACCCCAGGGCCUGUAGAAAAAAUGCUAUCUGCCUCAAGGUCACAAGGACUUUUCAGUUCUACACUCCAAGAUGCUGGGAGCUUUUCUCUAUCCUCCCAAAAUAACUCAAAACUUUCCACAUCUUCAAAGAAGCAUGUAGAAUCUUCACCAACUGCCCAAACUUAUCUGAAACAUUCUCCAUCUUCCCAAGAGUCUCAGAGACCUACCCCAUCUACACCAGGUACUCUGGAACAUUCCCUACAAGAUAAAGGGUGGCAGAAAGUGUCUGGACCCACAAAAGUGACUCUAGGACAAACACCACAUCAGAAGGGGUAUAAAGGAAAUUCAUUAUCUGUCCAAGGAACUGUGAAAUUGUCUAUAUCAGGACAAGAGUCUCUGGGACAUUGCUCAUUUGACCAAGGGUCUCCAGGAUCAUCCACGUCUUCCCACAAAGUGCAGGACCCUUCUUAUAGUCAAGGGUCUGUAUCACAAUUCCCAUCUUUCCCAGGAGAUACACAUUCUCUCUCUGAUCAGGGAAUAUUCCAAAAUUUGUCAUCUUCCCAAGUUACUCUAGGAACAACAUCUUCUCUCCAAAAAGAUAUAGAAGGUCCAUUAGAUGUGCAUGGUGCUCAGAAACUUCAACCUCAUUCCCCAGGGCAUCUGGGACAUUCCCAAUGUACUCCAAAGUCAUCAGAAACUUUGACAUCUCCCCAAAUGGUAUUUAAAUGUUCAGAAUAUUCAUCUGUGACUCUAGAAACUUUGCCACCUCUCCAAGGAAAUCAAGGACAUUCGAUAUCUGCCCAAAGUGCUGUGUUCCCUUCUGAUUCUGGCCAACAGAUUCAGGAAUCAUCAUCAUCUCUCCAAAAAUCUGUUCAAUUUUUUCUGUCUUCUAAAAGUUCACUGAGACCUACUUCACCUGUACUAGGGACCUCCCCAUCUUUAUCAGCCAAAUUGUGCCCCGAAUUGUCUAUAUCUGCCCCAGGGUUUCUAGGAUCUUCACCACCUCCACAAAGGUGUGUAGGAGAUCCAUUAUCUGUGCAAAGGGCUCUUGGAACUUCCAUAUCAGCACAAGAGUAUGUAGGACAUUCAAAAUCUGACCUAGAGUCUCCAGAAAUGUUCACAUCUUCCCAAGAGAAUCUAGGCCCUUCUUUAUCCCCAGAGGCUUUAGUACAUUCAUCAUCUACUCCACAAGAUUGUGGACUUUCUCAAUCUUCAAAAGAUAUGUCACAAACAUCACUAUUUACACAAGGUGCUAGGAAAACACCGUCAUCUCUCCAAGGGUCUAUAGUAACUGUACCAUCAGCUCAAAGUGUUUUAGGAAUUCAGACUUCUUUGGAGCAGCCUCUGGGUACUUCCCAAUUUGCUUCAGAGACAACAGAACCUUUGCCCUUUUCUGAGGAGGUUUAUACUACUUUGAAAUCUCUCUCAAGGGCUAUAGAAACUUUGAUAUCGCUUUUAGAGAAACUGACAUUUUCAACAUUUGCCAAAGGUGACCAAGUGAUACUGAGAUCACCAACAGUUUCCGACAAAGCUCUGGAAUUUUCUCCAUCUGACCAACAGUCUGUGAAAACUGCCUCAUCUCAAAUAGGGCCUGAUAGAACUUCACUAACAGACAAAGGUUUACAUGAAAUAUCUUCAGGUGAAAAGGUGACUUUAGGAGAUUCACCACUGCAGCAAAUCUGUUUAGGAAAUGCAUUGUCUACACAAGGGGCUCUAGGACUGUCCAUAUCAGCACAAGAGUCUCUUGGGUAUUUACCAUCUGCUCAUGGGUCUCCAGAUACUUCCUUGUCACCUAAAGAGGCUUCAGGUACUUGUUUGGACCAAGGGCAUUCAGGGAAGUCAUUAUCAUUAUCUAAUCUAGGAGAUCUUGAACUAUCUGAAUGUUCACAGGGGCCACUAGAAACAUCACCAUCUACCCAUAGCACUCUAGAAAUACCAUCCUCUACCCAUGGGAUUAUAGAAACUUCACCACCUGCCCAAGAUUCUCUUGGACAUCUGCCUCCUUCAGUGCAGAUUCUACAACAGGCUCCACUUACACCAGAGACAUCAGAACCUUUGUCAUCUACAAAAGAGGCUUCUUCCCCAGGAACCUCAGAGAUGUUUCCAGCUUCCCCAGGAUCUCUGGAAAUUUCAUUCUCUACCCAAAGUACUAUAGGACCGUCUGUAUCUGAAAAAGAAAAUUUAGAACCAUCGGUAUCUCUGGAGGAAUCCCUGGGACCUUCUUUUCCUGACCAAGGGUCUCUGAGACCCACUCCACUUGCAUCUGGGACUGGGUCACUGUACCCCUCAGAACAAGGUUGUCAGGAAAUAUCUUCAGGUAUACAAGGAGAUUCCCUCUCUCAGCAAUGCUAUACAGGAAAUUCAUUGCAUUCACAAGAGGUUCUGGGACUGUCCAUAUCAGCACAAGAAUCACUUGAACAUUCACCAUCUGCUCAAGGGUCUCCAGAUGAUACUUCUUUGUCAUCCUUGUCAUUCCAAGAGGCUUCAGGCCCUUCUUUGGAUCAUGUGUCUUUAGGACAGUCAUCAUCUGAUCCAGGAAUGCUUGGACUUUCUGACUCUGAUCAGGGGACACUAGAAACUCCACCAUUUAUCCAAAGCAUUCUAGAAGUACCAUCGUCUAACAAUGGGGUUACAGAAACUUCAACAACUUCCCAAGAUUCCUUAGAACAUCUACCUCCUUCAGUGCAGACUCUGCAACCUUCUCUUACACCAGAGACCUCAGAGCCUUUGCCAACAGCCAAAGACGUUUGUAAGACUUCAGAAUCUGUAUCAGAUGCUCCGAAAUCUUUACCAUCUUUUUUAGAGGCUCUGAGACAUUUGAAUUCUGACCAAUGUACUCUGGGCCCUUCAGUAUAUAACCAAGGGAAUCUGGAGCUAUCAACACUUCCCCAUGAUACUCUUGGAAACCCCAAACCAUCCCAAGGGGUUCUAGAAUCUAUACCAUCUACCCAAAAAGGUAUAGGAAAUGCCUUUUCCACUGAGUUUUUGGGACUGUCCACUUGUGCACAUGAUGACUUUAUUCCUAUUCAUUCUCAUGGUGACUGCCUGAGAUAUCCCUCUUAUCCCAAUAAAAGCCAUAGACACUCCCAUUCUACCAAAAAAAUAGUGAGGCAUGCUCCAUUUCCUGAAGGAGAUAUUAGAUAUUCACUUUCAGAACUUGAUGCCUUAAGAUCAUUCCCUUCUGCCAAAGAACACGAGGGCUGCAAACUACGCUCUUUGUCCAAAACAGGGUCCAGACAUUCAUCCUCCAAAAGGGACCAGAAACCAAAAGCUAGUCCUCAAGAGUGCAAAGAACCUUCCAUCUCUAAGGGAGGCUGCAGAUCCUCACUAUCUCAUGAGAAGGGUGGGAGAAGUUCUGCAUCUCCCCAAGGCAGCCAUAAAUAUUUCAGGUCUAUCAAAACUAAAUUGGAACAGGCCCCCUCUAACAAAGCAGAUGUUCAUGCUUCCCAUACAGAACAUGAGGGCUGUAAGCAUCUGUCUUUGUCACAAAGAGGACUUAGUCAUGCUUCAUCUGCUAAAAGGGACAAGAAACCAAACACUACUCCCCAAGAGAGCACAGAAGCUUCCACUUCUACAGAAGAGGACAUAGGAACUACUCCCUCUCGUGAAGAGACCCUCAGACAUUCUACCUCUCCUCAUGGGACUUCCAGCCUUACUUCUACUUCUACCAGAACAAGACACAGGCAUUUCACUUAUACUCAAGACAUCAUUAAAACUUCCACUGAAGCUCAAGAAAGCUUCAGGUCAUCCCCAGAUGGAGACAGUCCCAGGGGGAGUGUCAAGUCUUCUUCAUUGCCCCAAAGCAAUGAUGUCAGACAUCCUGUUUUUACAAAGGAGGACUUUAAACACACUCUUUCUAAGAGGGACAGAAACCUUCCACUGGUGCCAGAGAGGGGAGCAGAGCUUGGAUUCCUGUAA